AUGCCCAAGCCGUUUCGUCCCAAGCCCUCCGCCCACGGAUCCUCAUCCUUCCUCCGCUAUCUGUUUCCGCACGCGAGCCAGCGCGCACGCGCACACCUUUCCAAGUUCCGCCACGAGACCUUACCCUCCUUCAAGCACCACACGCAAGCUCGCAUACACAAAUACAUUGUUUAUAGGCAGGCACGCAAGCUCAGUAAACCGGGCCUUCUGCAGCGACUGCGCGGCCACCUCAGGAAGCCCCCAGGCAGCAAUCAUCUCGAACAUGAAGCGAGGCUGCGGCGACAGAAGCUGACCAAGACUGCGACAAGUAGAGAGCCUCAGGGCAAGGCGAUGAGCUACCAAGACAGCUAUGCGCCCAGGGAGCCUGGCGCGAGAAGGAGGAAGCUUGCAGGAUACCUGAAGGCGGCAAACGAGCUACGACAGACGUAUCAGCAGCAAUAUGCGCCGAAUUGGAGCCGGUCGGAGGCGACCUACGACUAUGAAGACGAUACACCGGGGGCCUUCCCCGACGCUGCCAUUGUGCGCAGCGGCGAAGAGGAGAUGAUUCUGUUUCCCAGCUAUGCGCGGAAGCACGUCAAGCGGAAGCCUGAAGCAGAACCGGGUACGAUACAAGAAACUUCCGGCGACGGCCGCGACGUGCGGGACUCGGCGGGCGCCGGCGAUGCGGAAUUCUGGAAACAGCAAUGGGACAACUACGAAGACGACAACGCUAUAGUGGACGUAGAUGUUAGAGGGUGGAUAUAUUCACCACAUAAAGGCCAGAUGUCUAGGAAGCAGCGCCUCUUUAUUGGAUUGGCGCGCCAGCUUGUAGGGAUCCAAGCCCCGGCCGCUGGCACUCAACCUUCCAGUGCAUCCGAAAGUCCACAUACAAGUAGAGAUUCAAGUCCAGGCCAUCUUACUCAUCGCGAGCGAGCGCAAAUUAGGCAAGCACAACGGGACGAGCAGGUCACUGCACAGGAGGCUGAAGAGAUAUUACGCAAAGGCGAGCAAGAAGCCGAAGCCGCAGCCAAAGGAGCCUAUAGCGAGAAACCUACCGAUGAUACAGAUAGCAUACGGGAUUAUCGCACAGAGAGCCCAGGGCACCCAAGAGUACGAGACCUUUCACACAGUCCGUCAAACAGCUCACUGAAGAGCAUGGACAAGAUCACCCCACUGCAAAAAAGGGCGUCAUGGAACCAACCCGCGGACAUGAGUCAAUCUGAACUUGCGGAGGCACAUGCCCGCCUCAUGGCACGCCUCCGCCACUUCCUCGCCAUACCCAUGGCCAACACACCGAUCAGUGUCUUUUUCUACAAUGACCAAAUCUCGAAGCAAAGAACCGUCUACACGAAUCCAUCGGGCCACUUCAGCAUAAGUGCAGCAUUAGAUUUUGUACCCACCCAUAUCCGCAUCCUUGCAUCCGACAAGCUAUCUGCGACAGAGAAAGUCACCAUCACCGAGUCCCAAGGCGUUAGUGUAAUAAGUGACAUCGAUGACACGAUUAAGCACUCCGCAAUCAGUAGUGGUGCUCGCGAAAUCUUUCGAAAUGCUUUCAUUCGAGAGUUGGGUGAUCUUACGAUCGAGGGCGUGCGAGAAUGGUACAACAAGAUGGCAGACAUGGGAGUGAAAUUUCAUUACGUCUCCAAUUCACCUUGGCAGCUCUACCCUGUCAUCUCAAAGUACUUUUCGCUCGCCGGUCUGCCACCUGGGUCUUUCCAUUUGAAACAGUACAGUGGCAUGUUACAAGGCAUCUUUGAGCCGGUUGCAGAAAGAAAGAAAGGCACGCUUGAUAAGAUUGCGCGUGACUUUCCUGAGAGAAAGUUCGUUCUGAUUGGCGAUAGCGGAGAAGCUGAUCUGGAAGUGUACACGGACUUUGUAUUGGAGAACCCCGGUCGGGUAGUUGCGGUCUUCAUACGAGAUGUGACAUCAUCUGAUGGUGGAGGGUUCUUCGAUCAUUCCAUUCACGCAACGGAUAGGGGUGGCAGUUCGACACGGUCGUCUCAGCAGGGCGACGGGAACCCAUCGAGUAGGUUGCAGGCAUCUUCAGAAGACGAUGACCCGGAAUACAAAGCCGCUAUCGCAGCUUCGCUGCGGGAAAUCGAAAAAGAGGAUGAAAGAAGGUCAAGAUCGCUGUUUCCCCAACUGCAGGAGGACCAUCCAGCAUCGCGCCCUCAAUUGCCACCUCGACGAUCCGAUCCUCAGGCUACGUCACCACCACCUGUGCAAAACCUUAUCGAUCUUUCCUCGGAUGAUGAGUCAAAUUCAACGCCAUUCAUGCGGCGUGUGAACACCGAUACACAAGCACUAACCGGGGCUCACCGCGCAUCUAUAUCGUCAGUUGCAAGUGCGAAAUCGGUCCCGAUACCUCCCAGAAAACCAAUGGGUUUGCGCAGCUCUUCGGGCGAUUCACCAUCACAGUCACCACCUUCGAAAGCACCACCUCCACCCAAACCACGUAAACCGUCCUCCAAUGUGCAUCAGUCAAGUCCGCUAUCGCAACAACCAUCAAAUGCAGCCACCAGCACUACGGCCGGCCCUCAGAAGCGACCAGUUGCUCCAAAACCAAACCUACAGUCUCAGCAAAGCUAUGCCGGAAUGGCUCGCGACAAGCUGUAUUCGGUGUACAAUAACCUCCCAGCAGCAUCUUCAUAUCUGCAUUACAACCCCCCAGCACAGUCUGACUCUUCUUUCAAUCAGGAUUUAGCAACCACUAAGAAAGCCCCUUCCCUACCACCUCCACCCCGCCGCGCCAUCACAGCUUACCCAGCCGCAGCGGCCGGCUACGUCAGUACCAAAGCUAACGCCGCAUGGCAACACGCGCCGCCUAUACCGCACCCCAGUACGCGGCCCAACGCUUCCGUUACCCAGCCGUUUUCCACUUCCGCAACUCAACAGCUUCCGCACCGAACGAAUACGGGGUCGACGCUGGGGGCGAACGGGUAUGGUGAGGCAGGCCGGGUAGUUGACAAGAGGGAAGCAUUGUGGCGGCAGAGGUGGUCGAAGGCGGAGCAGGUGCUUGGGGAGCAGGGCGUUGUGUUGAGAAGUUGGAGGGUUGGAGGGGAUGUUGAGGCUGUGGCGGAGAGGAUUAUUAGGGACGCGACAGAGAGAGAUAAGAAGGAGGGCAAGAAGGGGGAGGGUAGGAGCAGGUAG